GCUAGUCCGGGGACGCCGGGGUCGGCUCCGGUCGCCGGGGAAGCCGGUCGAGAGAGGUCGUGGUGACCGUGUCAGUGAAGCCGGGCUGUGUGGGUUCCCAGCAUGGAUGGCUAUGUGGUCCUGAGAGUGAUUGGAGAGGGCUCCUUCGGCAGAGCCCUUUUGGUUCAGCAAGAAAGCAGUAAUCAGCUGUUUGCCAUGAAGGAAAUAAGGCUUCCCAAGUCUCUCUCUGGUACACAGAAUUCUAGGAAGGAGGCUGUUCUGUUAGCCAAAAUGAAGCACCCCAAUAUUGUUGCCUUUCAAGAAUCAUUUGAAGCUGAGGGACACCUGUAUAUUGUGAUGGAAUAUUGCGACGGAGGGGACCUAAUGCAGAAGAUAAAGCAUCAGAAAGGAAAGUUGUUUCCUGAAGAUAUGAUACUUAAUUGGUUCACACAAAUGUGCCUUGGAGUAAAUCAUAUUCAUAAGAAACGUGUGUUACACAGAGAUAUCAAGUCCAAGAACAUCUUCCUCACCCAAAAUGGAAAAGUAAAACUGGGAGAUUUUGGAUCUGCCCGUCUUCUCUCUAAUCCUAUGGCGUUUGCUUGUACAUAUGUGGGAACACCCUAUUACGUGCCCCCAGAAAUUUGGGAGAACAUGCCUUACAACAAUAAAAGUGACAUCUGGUCCUUGGGAUGCAUUCUCUAUGAGCUCUGUACCCUUAAGCAUCCAUUUCAGGCAAACAGCUGGAAAAGUCUUAUUCUCAAAAUAUGUCAGGGGUCCCUGAGCCCACUGCCAUCUCAGUACUCCUGUGAACUCCAGCUUCUGAUCAAGCAGAUGUUUAAAAGGAAUCCAUCACACCGCCCUUCUGCUACAACACUUCUCUCCAGAGGCUCUUUGGCUCGGCUUGUCCGCAAGUGCUUACCCCCAGAGAUCAUCACAGAAUAUGGCAAUCAGAUAUUAGAAGAAACCAAAAAUUCUAAGCAUAGUACACCAAGGAAAAAAGACCCCAGCAGAAGCAAGAUAGCUUUGGAAGAUGAGGCAGCCACGAUGCUAGGAGAAGAACAAGAUAGAAAGUAUAGCCACCCUGAUUUAGAAAACAUUAAUAAAAAUUCAGUUGAAAGUGCACUGGGGACAUUAAAUAAAGAGAAAGAUAAUAAAUCAGUCCAUCUGAGGAAACCCAGUUCACCAAGUCCUGUCAGGAGACAGUGGGAGAAAAAUGUCCCCAACACAGCUCUCACGGCUCUGGAAACUGCAGCCAUACUCUCCUCCAGCUUAGCAGCCGGGGAUGAGAGAGGUGGUUCUGUAAUAAAGUACAGUGAAAAUAACACCCGUAAGCAGUGGCUCAAAGAGACUCCAGAAACUCUGAUGAACAUCCUGAAGAAUGCGGAUCUCAGCUUGGCCUUUCAAACAUACACAAUAUAUAGACCAGGUUCAGAAGAAUUCUUGAAGGGCCCCCUGUCUGAAGAUACAGAAGCAUCAGACAGUGUGGAUGGUGGUCACGAUUCUGUCAUUUUGGACCCAGAGAGAUUGGAACCUGGACUGGAUGCAGAGGACACGGAUUUCGAGGAGGAUGACGACAGGCCUGACUGGGUGUCAGAACUGAAGCGGCGAGCUGGCUGGCAAGAAGCUUCGGAUGGGUGACGCCCAAGGAAGCGCUCCAUAGUCACAUCGAGUAGAUGUUGAAAAUGAGGAAUUAAUGUUUGGAUAAUAUCAGCUCACAGGAUGUAUAGUUUUCCUUGGACACAGAACGAAGAAGGGGAAACUGUGAAUAUUUAAAAUUGUCCCUGAUUAGUACCGCAAAGCUUAAAAAACCUGUAACUCUCAUGAGUUGUUGAACUGAAAGGAGAAGAUGUAGAAGAAUGGCUCUGAACUUCAGGCUUUCAGUCAGAAAAGAAAUCAGAGGCUACUGCUUCCAGUUUGUGUGAUUGUGGGAAAUUAUUGAAGCUCUUUGAGCCCCACUUUCCCUGACUCUAAAACGAGGUGAUGAUGCCUUCCUCACAGGGAUGCUGACCAAAGACCUUGGCGGUGGCUCUUCACAUUAUUUCUGCACUGUUAGGAUUGGUGCUUAAUUGCUGUGUAACUCUUUUUUUACAUUUCUGAAAGGCUUGAGGAUAUAAAAUAAAUUUAAUUGGAAUA